AUGAGUAUAGCAUUUGGUUUUAUUACCGUGACUUAUUUCUUUGUGAGCACAAACUCGCUGGAAAACGUUUACCCGGACAAUGGCUGGAGACCCAUGUCAAUUGAAAAAGUCAUGGCACUGCAAAGGGGUUUCAUUAAACCACCCAACCUACACUUGGUAAAAACAUUGCAAAAUUCGCCCAAACGACCAACUGUAAUAAAUGAUUUUAGUAAUGAAAAAAUUGUGAAAAUCGUUCAUUCAAAUGAGUUAAAAGUAAAACCUAUUGAAAGUUAUAAAGUGGUGCCAUCUUCUGAAAGUUAUAAAGUGGUGCCAUCUUCUGAAAGUUAUGAAGGGGAUAGCAACGAGUAUCAUGAUUUAAUUAAAAUAAUACAACCCGAUGGAGACACCGAUUCUAAUUGGGACAAAAAAAAGCAAAACCAGCAACGUCAAGCAAAAAAAAUCGAAAACCUCGACCUUGAUGCACAUUUAAACAAUUCAAUAUCAAAUCAAUUCAAGAAUACUGAGAAAACCGACCAAAACCGACCAGUUAAGCGAAAUAACGUUAUAGUAUCAAGUAACACUUACGCGGUAAAAGAAAAUAUAAAGGAAGAGAAUCAAGCCAGUGAUCAAACACAACAACAACAAAACAAUAAAAGGUUAAAAUAUGAAUUACCAAAAUCGGCAACAGUUAAUACAAAAAAUAACUUAACGGCACAUCUUUUAACUAUUCUUGCCAACUACAAUAUAAGAACCAGUGACAGUUUGCGGAAUUACGAUUUAUCUUUAAGGCAGAAUAGUAGAAAUUUGCAUAACCAUGAUUAUGUUCUCAUGCAUGUCCCCGUCAAACUUCCAAUGAAAUAUAACAAUGCAAAUCACUCGCCAAUAGAUCCUUUACUAGCGGUUUUCUUAUCAAACUACGGGCAUUAUAUACCAAGUUUGUAUGGCUUUAAUGGGGGUUACAACAACUUAUACGGAUACCUCGCCUCAAAUAACAUUCACAAUAACAAACCAUUUGGUUCUUAUAAAAUAUUUUCCGAUACUCAUUCUUCACACUGA